AUGCUUCAGCGCCUGAGUUACAAGUUACGAUCAUCCUCCGCUCGCGCAUGACGCACGGGACACGUUUCUAUUCUCAAAGUUCGUUUAGAGAACCACAAACUCACAUCUUCUCAGACUUUCUCCUGAGUUCCUCGCAUCUGGUUUAACAUGUCAACCGGUUCCAUCAGCGACGUGGAUGAAUUUCACGAGGCUGAACUGUUGGAUGGUCUUUUGAAAUUCGGUUCCGGUAAAGAUCCGGGGACAUCAAACGAGAGCACAGAGGACAGUUCCAACUGCGAAGGGACCUCGGUUACAGAUUUUACCACAACCACAGGAAAACGGCGCAAAUCAGCGCCCAUGCGGAAAUCUGCGCCCCACGGUGUGGCCCAAGAAGGCAAGCCGGGACAGAGGAACGCGGCAAACGCGCGCGAGAGGGCAAGGAUGCGCGUGUUGAGCAAAGCAUUCUCCCGGUUGAAGACGACUUUACCGUGGGUCCCGCCGGACACCAAACUUUCCAAGUUGGACACCUUGCGUCUCGCCUCCAGCUACAUCGCGCACCUGCGACAGAUACUUGCCAAUGACAAAUACGAGAAUGGCUAUAUCCAUCCUGUCAACCUGACCUGGCCAUUUAUGGUUGCGGGCAAACCGGAAAAUGAACUUAAAGAAAUGCUGAAUUCAACGCGUUUAUGUGGGACUACAGCUUCCUGAGGCACGAAAUGGACUUAAAACAUGGACCAAGUUUAAGUAUUUUUAUUAAGACUAAAUAACCACAUCAUCUCCUAUCUAAACACGAGUGGGAAUACAUGGGGACAACAUCUUCACUCGCAUUCCUGUAAAGAGAAAUUAAUAUCUAGCUAUUUAAAUAUUCACACGUGGGCCUUGCUGGUUCAAGGCAACACAGUGUGGUUUUUAUUCAUUGUUUUAUAUAAAUGCUGUCAUCACUUUGUUUUUAUAUAUAAAAAAAAUAAAACCAAAAAUUAUAAAUGUAAAAUAGCGACAAGAACUUAAACCGCCUUUGCUGUUGGUGGUUAAUAAUUAUGGAACAAAUAAAAAUUGCUGAUGUUAUAUUU